UUGAAAUUAUAUAACAUUUGUUAUAAAUCAUGACCAAUCUUAAAAAAAGAAAAUAAUGACGGCUGCUCUUUCUCUGUAGCCCUUUAUUUCUGAACGACAAGUGUGACAUUUCGCUGAGCCCGCAAAAAAAACUUUAUUUAUUCACCACUUGAAAACUGUGUGUGCUUGAAACCAAAACUUUAAACAUUUAAAGUGGAAUUUAAUUAGUUGCUGAAAGAAAGAUUUAUGUGAUUAUGUAUUCUUGGGAACGAACUAAGACAGCUAUGUUGUGUUGUUGUGGUAUUAGUGGAUUGCGUUGCAUUGGUGUCGGUCUGAAAUUGUAUUGCUCAAGCAAACUAACUAAUUUUAUUGGAAAUGGCGUAAGUACUUACUUAAUUGUGUUUUAUUUUGGUGAUGUAGGUAUCUUAAAACAUUAUUGGAAUCAUGUUUUAUAUCUUAGUUCACAGGAUGAGGUAUCGCGUCGUCGCCGGGUAUCGUACCAGCAGUUAGAAUCUUUAUGGGAGUUUUUGAACUCUCACAGAGAUGUGGCUGUAGGAUACAAUAAAACGGCGCAGGCUCGAGAGUAUUCUAAGCGGAUGUGGACAACUGUGUCUCAAACUUUAAACUCUUUGGGAGAAGGAGCUACAAAGGACUGGAAAAGUUGGUCUAAUUAUUGGGUAGACUACAAAGCGAAAUUAAAAAGAAGAGUAGCAAGCAUCCGUGCUGCUCAAAAUCGCACCGGCGGUGGCCCUUCUGAAGCCAUUCCCCUAAAUGAUUUAGAGAAGAAAUUCCUAAGUCUACUUGGAGAAGGCUUUGGAAGUGGGAUACCUAAUACCCAAGUAGACCCAUUUCCAAUUCAAACUCAGUCCGAACAUACUGCACCUGAGGCUGGAACAUCUAACUCAGAAGCUCCUCUAGUUCUUGAACACCCUCUCACCCAUGAGAGUGUUCAACUAGAGGGAGAGGAAGAGCCAGCACUGCAAGACUCUGUACUAGAGCAGCCGCAGGUGCAACAGGAAGUGGCCCCACAGCAGCAACAACAGCCUGAGGAAACACGUCCUCGACAAGUGCCAAGACUGCCAAGUCGACGCAGUAGGCGACAAGCUGCUUUGAGCCAACAAAUGGCCAGAGAAAUGUUGGUUAACAUUUCUCGGGACAGAAUGUUGGCCGAGCAGCAAAAUACAAUGUACCUUGGCCAAAUCGCAGAAGCACAGGAGAGAAAUUCCCAAACAUUGCAAGAAAUGUUGACAAAAUUAAAUACAAUAGCAUCUGUUAUUGACAAGAGCAUGGGAUCGAGAGGACCACAGACGGGAGACGAGGGCUCUCCUGAUACUUAGCCCUUCAUUGAGCUCCCUGUUAUUGCUGGAGGUGGCAGAACGUGGUGGUUGUUGAUUAAUACUAUGAAAAUGAAGACUGAAGAAAUUAUAUUAUUGAAUCAUUACUAUUUUCGUUUUUCUGUAAUGAUUAUAAUAAAUAAUAAACAUCUUACCAACU